AUGGCACACAGCUGACUGUUACGCGAUUCGAAAAGAAGAAGAAUACCUGCGUUUUGUAUGGAAUUAUAGGUUUAUCUUUAUCGUUUUAAGUGAAAUGCUAAGAACUUUUGUGACAAGCGCGCUGCGAAGCGUUUGCCGCCAGUCGCCGGCUGCAGCUUCGUUGAUUCCUCUGGUGCAGCGGACACAACGUGCCACUUUAAUGACUCUAUCCCGUCCAUGCCUGUUGCCCACGCCAUCACUGGCAUCUCCUGCUCAUCACCAGCUCCUCCAGCUGCCGGGAGUACUCGCUGCCACAGGAACACCAUCAAACACACGCAACGUAACCAAGUUCUCGCUGGUGAAGGGUAAACGAAAGACCGUCAAAGCGGUACUGAAACGUUUUAAGCGCCUGGACUGGGGCGCCUGGAUACGCACCCAUUCCGGUCGCCAAAAGAAGCUCUUCAAGAAAUCCGCAGCCUUACGACGCCGCCUAAAGCAGCACGUCUUCACCAAUGCCACGCAGAGCUGGCUGCUGGACAAGAUGGUCACCAGCUAUUGGCGGCGCCCAAAGCAUUUCAUCAACGAUCCCUAUAAGCCCUAUCACAGCCGCAACGAGUACUAUGCCACACAGUCAAAGACCUUUAAGGUGUGACCUGGCUAAUCAAAGAUAAUACAUAGUUUAUAGUUUAUCCAUUGAAAACUACAAAAUCUAUUAAAUGCCAUUGUUUCACUAACAA